CUUGUUAUCACUUCACAGUCUUUUUGACUUUUUUAGAGUAUUAAGCAAAGGGCCAAAAACAAACCUCACCAGCUCCCCCAUUCUCACGUCUCGUUGUCGCUUCGUUCUUCGUUUCCCCGAAAAAUCAAAGCUUUUUUUGCUCGUCUCCAAUAUGUUAUUCAUCUAAAGCACAAUUGAUUGUGUGCUUUGACUUGUUUUCUCAUCUGGGAUUUGGUUUUCUUUUUUGAGGAAAGGAAAGCAGAGGAAAGAAGAUGUGGGGAUUUGGAGGGAGAUACUAUUGGGGAAGAAAGGAAAGAGGGCGACACGUGGAAGGAAUAGUUGUGGUAUUUGCAUGGAUGUCAAGUCAGGAGAGGCACUUGAAGAACUAUGUUGAUCUCUACUCUUCCCUUGGCUGGAAUUCUCUUAUUUGUCAUUCUCAAUUCCUCAAUAUGUUCUUUCCUGAUAAGGCAGUUUCAUUGGCACUACAGAUUGUUGGUGAACUUGUCAAGGAGCUUAAAAUAAGACCAUGCCCAGUUGUCUUUGCAUCUUUUUCUGGUGGUCCAAAAGCCUGUAUGUACAAGGUUCUUCAGAUUAUUGCGAGCAAGUCUGAGGAACAAUUGAAUAUGGAUGAGCACCAACUGGUUAGAGAUUGUGUUUCUGGGUUCAUUUUUGACUCUAGCCCAGUUGAUUUCACUAGUGACUUGGGUACGAGAUUUGUUCUUCAUCCAACUGUUCUCAGAAUGUCCCAUCCUCCAGUCCUGGCUGCUUGGGUUGCAAAAGGAAUUGCUUCCAGCCUGGAUGCCCUCUUCCUUAGCAGAUUUGAAUCACAACGUGCCGAGUAUUGGCAGACGCUGUAUGCCACUGUAAGCAUGGGUGCUCCAUAUCUCAUUUUAUGCUCAGAAGAUGAUGAUCUUGCUCCUUAUCCAAUUAUUUGGAAUUUUGCUCAACGGCUACAAGAACUUAGGGGUGAUGUCAAGUUGGUCAAAUGGAAAAGCUCCCCUCAUGUAGGUCAUUAUCGCCAUUAUUUAUCAGAAUACAAGGCUGCAGUGACUGAGCUACUUGCCAAAGCUGCUGUUAGUUAUUCCAAACAAAUUCGGCAGCUUGAAGGAGAGAAGAUGGGCUUAGAGGGAACAAAUGAUGACAUCUCUGAGCCAUUUUGCAACCUGAGAAAGGCAGCAGCCAGUUCACAACAGAGCUUCCAGAGAAUUGCCCUCGAGUUGAAUGACCACUUCUUCGUGCCCAGCUCUGCAGAGUAUCACGAGGGUAGAGAUGUUGGAUCUGUGCAGGAUGAACGCAAGGAACGAUAUAUCCCUCUAUCGAGCCCUCCGAGCAUGAAUGCUCACGGAGUUCUUGGACAAUUUCUCUUUGAUGUAUGUGUCCCAAAGAAUGUUGAUAACUGGGAUGUCAAAUUAUCUCCCUCGACAAGCAGGGUAUCUUUUACAUCUGCACGAAGGCAUUCACCUUUCAACCCCAUGAAAUGCAUUCGUCGUUCAAAAUUAUAAUAUCCCUAUUCGGUACUCUGCUGGGAGCUCUCAGAUAAUUAGAUGGACCAAUCAGGGUCUUGAAACUCUCCUGGAAAGUGCUGUACGAUGUACAUUGACAGGCUAUAAUUUAUAAUGGAGUUGUGCAAUAGAGAUGGACGUUUGCUGAA